AUGGGCGACAUUUACAUCAGCAACGGAACCUGCUACGGAUCCGCAGGCAACGAGCUCGACAGAAGCUUCAUCCCGUGCGGAAAUGCCGCCUUUGGACCAGUGACGUGCUGCGGAGCAGGAGAUGUCUGUCUCAGCAAUAACGCUUGCUUCGGCGUCCACGGCACGCCAGGAUCAUACGGAGCAGACCUGACCUAUCUCGCCGGGUGCACCGACGAAUCAUACAGAGAUGGGAGCUGUCCUGACAAGUAUGGUAUCGACCAGCCGUGGAUCGCUUUGACGGUUUGCGAUGACAGCGGUGGUGAUUGGGCUCCGUGUCCUCAGGAGGGAAGCCCGACUACGCUGCAGAAUGGUGCUUAUUGCAGCUGUACUGAUGCUGCGUCGACGACUGUCGCCAUCAACAAUUCGCCACGGCUGGCGGAUAUUGCUAGGUUGCCGCAGACGACUGGGGGGACUGUUUCAUUCUUUCCGGGGAAUGAGCCGACAAAUACAUCUCCUCCGGCUCAAACGACCGGUGGGGGGAAUGGUGGAGGAUCAUCAAAUACCAGCAGCAGCCCGAUACCAUCAGAGACAGGCUCACCAGGUUCAGAUUCGGGAACGGGCUCGGACUCUGGCUCGGACCCAACCGGUGGUGGUGGCGGGAGCUCUUCUUCAGGCGGCGGCCUGAACUCUGGCGCCAAGAUCGGCAUUGGCAUAGGAGCUGCCAUAGGAGGGCUCAUACUGAUUGCUACUCUGCUCACCCUCUGGCACUACAACCGAAAGAACCGCCGAUCUGUCUCUGGUGCCGCCGGGAUUGAAGAAGGCGGGGAAAAGCCAAAAAAGGCAUUCGCGCCUGUCCCGUCCCCUCGUGCAUCCGAAGCUGACUCCAACCCUGUCUCGGAAGCGGACGGAAAAGCGGUGACACGGCCCUGGAGCAUGAGAAGUGAGCUUGAAGGGAAUAAUACUGCUGCUUCCGCGGCAGGGAAGAAAGCGCCAACGGCGAAUGGAAAUCAAAAGGUUAAUACUGAUGGGGCAGCACGUCCGGGGGUGGGGGAGUUGGAUGGGAGAGAGGUGCAGGAGCUUCCACCGCACCACGAUCUGAGUCCGGUGGCAGAGCUUCCUGGGAGCGAGGCGUGGGCCCAGGCCCCGGGAGGGGGGAGGGGGAGGGUAUGA